AUGUUGUCCUUGAACAUUCCAUCAUACUCAAAUCCAUCGGGGUACCAGCUUUCUGAGUUGGCCAAACCGGAGCUCAGCGACCCAAAAGAUGUGAUCAUUAAGGUUCAUGCAGCGAGCAUCAAUCCAAUCGACGUGAAGAAGGCCGAUGGAAUGCUGAAGUUGGCGAUAAAAGACACCUUUCCAUAUAAAAUCGGCUAUGACUGUGCCGGUAUAGUCACAGAAGUUGGAUCGGAUGUGACCCGGUUUCAAGUCGGGGCUGAAGUCUACACUAGACUACCGGAGAUUUCUCGAGAGAAACACAUUGCCCUAAAGCCGCCGUCAUUGUCGUUCGAGGAUGCAGCUUCAAUCCCUCUGGCAGCAAUGACUGCACUUCAAGCACUCAAAAAAUACAAAGGAGAUCUGGCUGGAAAGACUGUCUUUGUGCCCGCCGGCCUGAGUGGCACAGGUCUAUUUGCAUGCCAAUUGGCAAAGAAUGUCUUCCAUGCAGGCAAGGUCAUCACCACAGUCUCAACUUCAAAGGUGGAAAAGGUCAACGAGCUCCUAGGCGAGGGAACGGUCGACGAGAUAAUCGACUACACGAAAUCCGACCCAAGAAAAGUCAUCAAGUCUGGCUCCGUGGACUUCCUCUUCGACACAGUUGGUUCUGCAAUGGAGAACCUCUGUCUAAUGAAACCACAAUCUGGAUGCAUCGUGUCGGUUGCGACCAUGCCAUCGGGCAAUCAGCUCCAGAAAUCUUCGAUGAACGAUCUGCCCCAUAAGCCUAAGAUUCCUAUUGCUGCACGAAUGGGACUUAAUGCUUUCGAUAGUGUCCGUAAACUAAGGGCAUGGCGGUGGGGUGUUGAAUAUUCAUAUAUGUUUCUGGAAUCAAGUGGUCGAGAUUUGGAUGAGUUGACAAGUCAUGUUGAGGAACACAGGUUGAGAACGGUGGUUGGAACCACUGCCGAGCUUUCUGACAUCGAGGCGGUGCGAUCAGCAUGCCAAAUCGUUUACAGUGGGAAGGGAGGUCUCGGGAAGGUAGUUAUCAAAGUUGUCAAUUCGUAG